AAAGUCAUCUCGCCGGCUGGGAAAAAACUCCUGGCCGGCUUCUUGGACCCAUCCUAGGGCCGUCCUUCCUGCCAUCGACACGCAGGCAGGAUUUGGCGUGGGAAGCAGCCCUGGACCCGCCUGCGCGCGGCGUGCGCGGGUCUAUGCGCGGCUGUCAGCGAUGCGCACGGAGUUAUUCUCCCCGAACUAGCCUCUCCGGUUUAGUUUGCUAUUAACUCCUCGUCCCCACCCCAUCCGGAGUGACUCCGGGCGGGCAGGCAGGCAGGCGCCUCCCCGCCUCGGAGAGAAAAAGGUGGGCUGGCUGCUGGAGGAGGCGAGGAAGGCGGUGAACUCAACACACACACACACACACAGCUGUUGACAUAACUCCGUGUUGGAUUUCCUGCCUUCUGCCCUUGAAGGACAAACAAGGAAGUUCAGGGGGGGAAGGAAAGCUUAUCAGGAGCCGAGCAGACUAACUAACAAGACAAGGCGGAGAGAUGGCGCAGUUUGGUCUGCCCCCAGGAUUGUGUCUCCUCGCUCUUGGCCUGACUCUGGCCGCUCCGCUCACCUGGGCAGGGUCGCCCAUCAUCCGUCUCAUUGACCAGGGAGGCCCCCUUAUCGAAGGCAGCAAUGUUGUUCUGGAGUGUCUGUCUGAGGAGGGUGGCGAGGAUUUAAGUGGCUUCACUUUCCAGAAAUACAGUAAGUGGCUCCAUUCCUGGAUCACUCUGAAUGAAGCUACCGAACUGCGCUGUUGGUUUUAUGAUGUCGCUGUGAGCCAUGAUGAUGGGCGCCUCCUGUUGACCAUCAACGAUGUGCAGUCCUGGCACACUGGGCUUUAUCGCUGUGCCAGUUCCAACUCCACUGAUAACGCCUCUUUCUCCAAUGAGCUGGACCUGCAAACGGAAUAUCUGCGUAGUGUCUACCUCAGCCAGGCCAAUACCUGGUGCGGGACGGUCGGGAAUUCCAUCACCAUACUCGCAGGCAAAAAUCUGGAACUCCGGUGCUUAGCAGAUGCCUCACAGCCCCCACUUUACGAGUGGACCCGAGAGGGGGAAGACUGGAUCGUGGCGUCUGAUGCCUUAACUCUCGCCAAGGUGACCCGAGAGCAAGCGGGGACUUACGUUUGCCAGGCCCAGCACCCCACUUUGCCCCAGCUGUCCAAGAGCAAAUCGAUCCGCCUCUUUGUGGAGGGGAGCAAGCGCGCAUUUACUUUUGAUUCUGUGAUGUCCCUUAGCACUCCGAUGCUGGCCCUGGUGGUGGCUUUGCCAGCCGUGCUGCUGGUGCUGGUGAUCAUGGUCAUUGCCUUCGUGAUCCCGCGUCGCCGGGCCAAGAAGAAAGCAGCCCAGGAAGACGCCGGCCAGCGCACCCCUAUCUACAAAGGCAGCCUGGACUCUGUGCCUUCGGUCGUGGCCGACACGCACCCCCUCGUGAUGUAAGGAGGGGAAAUAGGUCAAUAGAGUUACAGGGGACGGGAACCCAUUUCUUUCUCCUUUCUGUUUUGUUUUCGUGGUUCCCCAGUCCAAGAGAGAGAAGACUUGGCCUUUCCUGAACGUUUCCGAAUUCAGAAUUCCCACAGAACCUCUACGAGUAGAUAGAGCACUCCAUCUAGGGUGACUGAGGCUCUUAUAUUGACUCUUCCUUGAAAGCCUGUGGUAACUUCCAUGUGUAAAUUACAUCUCCACAUGAUGCCUUUAUUAGACCAGCGAAAACACACGUACACGCUGGCAUCCACCCGAUGGAUGUUUGGUCACAGCCUCUUCCUCAGGAUGUCUUGUCACCUUCGAUGAAGGGGUCGUGGCCCUGCCAGCUUUGCACACCAUUUUCUCUCUCUUUAAAAAAAAGGUUGGGCUAAUAAAGGUGUCCUGUUUAUACCGAAUUGGGAUCUUUGCUUUCUGGUUCUUGGUCAACAUGGCUGCCUCUACAUUCUCCGAUGUAAUGAAUAUAUAUAUUCUACCCCAUAUAGUUACAUAUGGCUAAUGCAGCCAGAGUUUUCAAGGAACUCAGAAGCUGGUUCUCUCCUUGUUGGGGGCCAAAAGCCACCAGGAUGAUUCCCCUGAGGAUGCUUUCUGUUUCCUCGGGGUGUUUGCUCCAUCUUAGUUAGCAUCAGACAAUGGUGCCCUACCGGAAGUGAGCAUUUACAUUGUCUUCUCCCAGAACUGUUGGAAAAAAAAUAUAUUCAGAAAUAUUCCCACAACCUGAGACACAAUUUCCAUUACAGGAAAGUGCAUGGGGGGGAGGAAGGUUCGACAGCAUCCUGUGUUCAAAUUACCCUUUAGGGCUAAUAAUGCAACAACAGAAAGCAGGUAGGAGUUGCCAUAUCAUUUCUGGUCUUCUCAUGCAUUUCCUGAGCAUACACACACACAAACACAAACACACACCCCAAGUAGGUAGUAUAUGCUUAGGGCUAUGGGCAUGAAGUAUUCUUUUCCCCUGGUGUUGAGCAGGAGCAAAGACUUAACAUGCUACCAAUGACCUGCACAGAAGAAAUAAGGGGAUUGGACCCCCAUGAAUCAGAUCCACUUGCUUUUUGUUGGCCGGUGGGUGGGCAGAAUCCGCCUGCCGAAAUAUUCGUCUCAUUUUGCACCACGUUUUGCUGCUGUACGAUAACCUUUCCCCGUCAACCUUCCUGGUUCUCCAGAACUAUUAAGGAUGCCGAAGGGCUUCUAUUUUUGAACGUUUGUAUUGGGUCACACAAAGAUGGGGGCACAGUAGGUGAUGCCGUCGCAAACACCCGCCCCUGCGCGCCUGCACCCUUAUUUGGGAACACCUUGAGGAGAGCCGAGAGAGGGAUUUAGAUCUUUAGACCAAAAGACCGAGUUUGGGGAAGUCGCAUUUUGGGUGAACAUGAGCCAGUCCACGUUUCUUUGGGCUUAAAAGGCAGCCUGGCAGUGGCUCAAAACAGGACAGGGCCCUAUAUCCUUUCAAAAACCAUAAUGUUGUUGUCAGAACCAUGGUUCAGAUCAGGAGAGCAGUUUCACUUUGGCAAGAAGUUUCCAUUUUUUCCCCGGUUGUGGGAUGACCAGUGGGAAGACACCAGAGCACCUCUUGCAGGUGUGAUGAUGAAUCUUUUCCCUUCUUCUCCCUGUUCCCAUGAAAUGGAUUCCUUUUUUAUUUUUUAAACAACUUCAGGAUCCAGCUUCUUCUGCCUGCAGGAUGAUAGAGCAACCUCCGUUGUACAGUGAUGGGUUUCUUGUGUGUAUAUAAGUUGGGAAGUGUUCGUUGCUUUAUUUUAUUUUUUUAAAAUGGGAAGAUGGGGUUCUUGGGGAAUGACAAUGAGCUUGUCGGUAUGUGUAUGUGAAUCCUCUUCCAGUGAGUUAGCCAUUUACGUGCCUUUCUCCACUUCCCUUUGCAAGGCUGAAAUAAUGUUCUUCUGGCCUUUUGCUUUUUUGGCCUCUGCAUUUCAUGAAAGCUGUAUCAACCCUUUUCUAUUCAAACUGAUGCUGUCUUUUGGGCUCCAUGUGCUGUCAGGCGAAGGCUGAAGGCCGAGCACAGAACCCCCACAUGUUCCGAUGCUUUGCAGGAUUUUAAAAAUAAAUGAAAAACCUUUAUUCCCU